AUCAGCUACUGACCAUGUCAACAGAGUUCCAGGAUGCUCACCUUGCAGAGGUGAAACCUCUGGUGGAGAAGGAGGAGGCUAUCACUCGCCUCCUUCCAGACUUUGAUGUUCAGGAGCAAGAUGUGGAGACUGUGCAUGGCUCGGUCCAUGUCACCAUGUGUGGGACUCCCAGAGGGAACCGGCCGGCUAUCCUCACCUACCAUGACAUCGGGUUGAAUCAUAAAACUUGCUUCAAUCCUCUCUUCAACUUUGAGGAUAUGCAGGAAAUCACCCAGCACUUCGCAGUCUGCCAUGUGGAUGCACCUGGUCAGCAGGAUGGAGCACCGUCUUUCCAAGCUGGGUACGUGUAUCCCUCCAUGGAUCAGCUGGCCGAAAUGCUUCCUGGAAUCCUGAAACAGUUUGGGCUGAAGACCGUUAUAGGAAUGGGAACUGGAGCCGGUGCCUACAUCUUAACCAGAUUUGCUUUGAACCAUGCAGAGAUGGUGGAGGGAUUAGUUCUCAUUAAUGUAAACCCUUGUGCUGAAGGUUGGAUGGACUGGGCAGCAACUAAGAUUUCAGGUUGGACAAAUGCUUUACCAGACAUGGUCAUCUCACAUCUUUUUGGAAAGGAAGAGAUUCACAGCAACCAUGACCUGAUCCAUACUUACCGCCAGCAUAUUAUUAAUGACAUGAAUCAAACCAACCUUCAUCUCUUUGUCAACUCUUACAACAGUCGGCGAGACCUAGAGAUUGAGCGCCCUGUUCCUGGAAUAAAUGUUGUCACCCUUCAAUGCCCGGUCCUCCUGGUGGUUGGUGACAGUUCCCCGGCGGUGGAUGCUGUGGUUGAAUGCAACUCAAAGCUGGACCCAACAAGGACCACACUUCUGAAGAUGGCUGACUGUGGUGGGCUCCCUCAAGUUUCCCAGCCUGCCAAGCUUGCAGAAGCUUUCAAAUACUUUGUUCAGGGAAUGGGAUACAUCCCCUCUGCUAGCAUGACCAGGCUGAUGAGGUCCCGCACUGCUUCUGGCUCCAGCGUAACCUCUUUGGAAGGCACAAGGAGCCGGUCUCACACCGGGGAAGGCACAAGAAGCCGGUCUCACACCGGGGAGGGAACGAGGAGCCGAUCCCACACCGGGGAGGGUGCCAGGAAUCGCUCCCACACAGACACGCGCAUCGAGCUGACGCCGAACUCAGCAAGCAACGCUGAACAAUCAAGCCCCAAGUCCAUGGAAGUGUCCUGUUAGAUGGCUGUGGGAGGUUUAAACUGGUCACAGUGUAAAAAAGUAAUGGAUGCCCCCUGUGUAUCACAAAAACAUAACUGGUAUUAAUCUCAAGCUAUUCUGUAGGAUGAACUCUGUUCACCAGGGUCUGACAGGGACCAAAGAAAAGAAGCAUCUCAUUUGCUCUGUCGUUAUUCUUGUAACUCAGACAGUUGCUGCUAUUGUGCCCUCCUUCAAUGGAUGCCAAAUUCUAAAGGAUACUUGCCAAAAGCUGAUGUGGUUGUAAACACUUCAGAGUCAAACCAGACUUGCUUAAUAUCCUCCUUUAAAAUCAAAGCUAUUACGUGCCCCUUUAUCUCUUAUUCUCUUGAAGUAAACUGGCACAAUUUGAGACAAGUUUCAAAGAGGGGGAGAAAAAAAAUCACUAUUAUGGAUGGCUUUUAAAGAAGGAAAUGAAACAAAUGUGUUAUGGCCUCAUGUUGAAGCUGGAGUUGAAUUCAUUGUAUAUAGCUUGACUUCAAAUGAUAAAGAAGUUAAUGUAUCGUGCAUUUAU